UUUGCGCACCAAUUCGAGGCCAUUGGCCUUGCCGGCGAGGGCAACUUCUCGACCGUCGUCAGCGUGCGCAGCCUGGUUGACGGCCAGCUCUAUGCUGUCAAGAAGACGCGCGAGCCGUAUACUGGCCGGCAGGAGCGCGCGCGGCGGCUGCGCGAAGUCGAUCUACUGUGGGCUGUGGGCGGCAGCCCCGGCGUCGUGCGGCUGGUCAAUGCCUGGGAGCAGUUCGGCCACCUGUAUAUGCAGUUUGAGCUGUGCGAGCAGGGCAGCUUGGCUGAUUACUUGGACAUGUGGAUGAGUCGUGAGGGCAGUCUGCCCGAGGCGCGUGUCUGGGCCAUUCUGGCGCAUGCUGCCAGCGCUAUCGGCCGCCUGCACGACGCCGGCAUCGCGCACCUGGACGUGAAGCCGGCGAAUUUUCUGCUGGGCGCAGGCUUCGGCAGCCCCGGCGGCGAGCAGCACGAGGGGUGGCUGAAGCUGGCUGACUUUGGCCAUGCCGCGCGGCUUCCGUACGAGAAAAUGGCCUGGGUGGACGAGGGCGACCGCGAGUACAUGGCGCCCGAGGUUCUGCAUGGCCGGUACACUGCGGCAGCGGAUGUCUUUAGCCUCGGGAUGAUGAUGCUGGAGAUCACCGCGGAGAUCAAC